GCUACUUACGAUCAAAAGUUAAACGAUGCAGAAAAUAAGAUACGAAAUUACAAGAAGUUAAGCGAAGAAGAUAAGCGCCUCGCAGAUGAAAACAACCAAAAAUUGAUGGCAACUGAACAUGAAAAAAGACAAUUAAAAGAUGAAAACAAACAAUUGAGGGGGGAAGUAGAAAAGGCGCUUUUUGAAUGUGUACAGCAAGAGAAAUUACAUGUGCAAGAACGAGAAAAUCGUUUGUCUCUGGAGGCAGCAAAGUUUCAAGAGUUGGCUCAAGCGAAAGGCAAUUAUAUAAUAUUAUCAAAUUAA